AUGCAACUCAUUGGAAAAAUCUGGUUAUUUUAUGGAAUUAUAUCAAUUGUUUUAACCGCUUCUCUUGUCAUAAUUAUAACAACAAGUCAUCUGUUUCAACAAUCCUUCUAUCGUUUAAUUGCAAUUCAUCUGGUCAUUGUCAUCAUCAGCUGGAUUAAUUCUUGGACAAGUCGAAUUGUGUACACGCAUGACUAUUCGUACUUUGCAAAAGCUAUCUUUGAUCAUUCUCCAGAACUAUUCAAUUUCUUCAUGCUUUGUGGGCUCGCACUUUUCCAUUUUCAGUCAUGUAGUUCAAUUGUGAUUUGCACAAACGUGCUCAUGAUUUUGUCAUGCCUGGCUGCCAAAUAUCUUGUAUUAUUCCCAUCGAUUGAUUUCGAGAACGAAUCAGGCACGUUUCGAUUCAUGUUGAACUUGGCCGAAGGAAUAAUCGACAUUUUCCUUAUGGUAGUUUUUCUGUCAAUCUACAGUUUGCUCGGUCUUGUUUGUGGGUUUAUUGCAAUUUGCAAAAUCAGAAAACAUAAGAAAGAUCACGAAGAUCACGUUCCCUCAUCAGUUGUAACUGUCUCUUAUACAUUCUUUCGAGUGUUCUGCCUGGCUCUGCUACUUGCAUCGUUCUUCAUGCAAAUUGAAAACUUCACCGUUCAAUUCAUGUUCACUAUUUUCGACUUUAUGUCAUUCUCGUUGACCUUCAUUCUUCUUUUCUUCGAUGACAAUUUCAAAGUGGCUCUGAAAGGAUCAAUUAAGUGA